CCGCAAUACGCCUGCGCCCUGAGAGGCCGUGCGCCGAGGAGGCGGGGCCGCGCCGGCGCGCAGGGCGUCCCGGCUCCGGAGCAUAAACAAGAGCGGGCACGGGAUGAGGCGGCGGUUGAUCCCCGGGCAGCCAGCUGCGGCCAGCGAGGCGGCGAGCGGGGCCAGGCGCCGACCCUGAGCGCACCCGACUCGCCCUCCCGCGCGCGAGCCCUCGGCCGGGGCCACCCUCCCGCCCGCCCGCCGCGCGCCCACCAUGAACCUGGCGAGUCAGAGCGGCGAGGCCGGCGCCGGCCAGCUGCUCUUCGCCAACUUCAACCAGGACAACACGUCCCUAGCUGUUGGUAGUAAGUCCGGUUAUAAAUUUUUCUCCCUUUCUUCUGUGGAUAAGCUGGAACAGAUCUAUGAAUGCACUGAUACCGAAGAUGUGUGCAUCGUAGAAAGAUUGUUCUCCAGCAGCCUAGUGGCCAUCGUUAGCCUGAAAGCCCCGAGGAAGCUGAAAGUCUGCCACUUCAAGAAAGGCACUGAGAUCUGCAACUACAGCUACUCGAACACCAUACUGGCCGUGAAACUCAACAGGCAGCGGCUGAUAGUGUGCCUGGAGGAAUCUCUCUACAUACACAACAUCCGGGACAUGAAGGUACUGCACACAAUCAGGGAGACCCCUCCGAACCCUGCAGGCUUGUGUGCGUUGUCGAUAAACAACGACAACUGUUACUUGGCGUACCCGGGCAGUGCGACCAUCGGAGAGGUGCAGGUCUUCGACACCAUCAACUUGAGAGCUGCGAACAUGAUCCCGGCUCACGACAGUCCUUUGGCGGCGCUGGCAUUCGACGCCAGUGGAACCAAGCUGGCCACCGCCUCGGAGAAGGGGACCGUGAUUAGGGUGUUUUCCAUUCCAGAGGGACAGAAACUCUUUGAGUUCCGGAGAGGAGUUAAGAGGUGUGUGAGCAUCUGCUCCUUGGCCUUCAGCAUGGACAGCCUGUUCCUGUCCGCGUCCAGCAACACUGAGACUGUGCACAUCUUCAAACUCGAGACUGUGAAAGAAAAACCUCAGGAGGAGCCCACCACCUGGACCGGGUACUUCGGGAAAGUGCUCAUGGCGUCCACCAGCUACUUGCCCUCCCAAGUAACAGAAAUGUUCAACCAGGGCAGAGCCUUUGCCACAGUCCGCCUGCCUUUCUGUGGCCACAAGAACAUCUGCUCGCUGGCCACAAUUCAGAAGAUUCCCCGGCUACUGGUGGGAGCUUCCGACGGGUACUUGUACAUGUACAACCUGGACCCCCAGGAGGGAGGCGAGUGCACCCUGAUGAAGCAGCACAAGUUGGACGGCAGCAUGGAGACCACCAAUGAAAUCUUGGACUCGGCCUCUCACGACUGCCCCCUAGUGACGCAGACCUACGGCGCGGCUGUCACCACAGGUACUCACGUGCCUUCGUCUCCGACCAGACUUGCCUACGCCGACGAGCUGGGAGCCGCGGGCGGCGCGUGUCUGGAGGAGGAGGCCAGCGCUCUGCGGCUGGAGGAAGACAGCGAGCACCCCCCUAUGAUUCUUCGGACGGACUGAACUUGACCUGUGAACUCUGACCCCUGAAGCAGAGGACACUGGCUUGACAGAGGACUUUGUGUUAUGCUGCUAUGAACUUUGACCUGAGUUGGGGAGAGGACGGCAGACACUUCAAAAGAAAAAAAAAAAAAAAAAGAUUGUAGCCGUAGUGUCAUUCCAUACUGUCGAGAAAUACAUUGUUUUCACUUCAGUGGCUUUUAAUCCCGCUUAGGAAUCUUAGCUUUUCGUUUGUUUUCUCUUUUUGCCAAAAUUAACUGUUCGGUGAAGCCCUUGAAACCUCCUUGCUUUGCAUGCAUUAAUGUGCCAAGCCAGCAGAGGAGAGGAGAGCUAGAAGCCACUUUACGACACCCGCAGUUGUCUGGUUUUUAAAAUCUGUAUAUAGUGAGGAGCGUCCUCGGGGGACGGCAGCAUCGCGCAGUGGUUGUGGGUGUCCAGGCGGACCUGCUCGGCGGGUCCAAGAGCCCUCUGUGGGCUCGCCAGGCUGGGGCGUCAGCCGUGGGGAGGAGUGCUCACUCCCCGGAGCCCCUCCCGGGCCCUUUUCCCCGUUUUAUUUUGUUAAUUAAAUUCUUUCCAGAUUGGAUUACUCUGGGAA